CGCGGGCAAGAGGCGGGCGCGAGGCGCUGGGGCAGGAGAAAGUGACGCGUGUCCUUCGCUGUCAUCCAGGGAGGAGCCCGCGGCCGCUGUCCCCUUCGGCCGCUGCCCCCCUCGGCCGCCCACGACGCGCCGGUCCGCAGCGAUGUCGGCCGCCGGCGCCCGGGGCCUUCGGGCCACCUACCACCGGGUCCUGGACAAGGUGGAGCUGCUGCUGCCGGAGAAACUGAGGCCGCUGUACAACCACCCGGCAGGUCCCAGAACAGUUUUUUUCUGGGCUCCAAUUAUGAAAUGGGGCUUGGUGUGUGCUGGCUUGGCUGACAUGGCCAGACCUGCUGAGAAACUCAGCACAGCUCAAUCUGCUGUUUUGAUGGCCACAGGGUUUAUUUGGUCAAGAUACUCCCUUGUAAUUAUCCCAAAAAACUGGAGUCUGUUUGCUGUUAAUUUCUUUGUGGGGGCGGCAGGAGCGUCUCAGCUCUUCCGUAUUUGGAGAUAUAACCAAGAACUAAAAGCUAAAGCAAACAAGUAAGAAUUCCGGACCACCUGAACAAUCUAGACGUGGAUAGAACCACUGGGACUAAUUUUACUUAUUAUUUGGCUAUGGAUAAGGUGAUAUUACCUGUGCUACUGUUUGGAAGGCAUAAAAAAAUCAAAUUGUAAACUGGGGGCUAAUACUUGAUUCAACAGAAAAAUAAAGCAAACUUUUAAUAA